UUCACGCACGACCCAAUCCCGAAGUAGCCAACGGAAACACCUGCAUGAUACUGGAACAGGAUAAAGAAUUGACUAAUUAUCAUAAAACGUAUUAUAUUUUACUAUUUGUUAAGUUUACAUUGUAAGUACUAGCACAAGAUGACCACGAGUACACGUAUCAAUUGGGGAGAGUUGUUUCCCACCCGAAAGAGUGUCUUCAUUUUCCUUACGUACAUGUCACUGUUUGUUAGCCAGGGCAUUCUGGUGACGGCAUCCCAGCGUGCCGAUAAUUCAUACAGCUACAAUACGGUUCUGGUGGUUCUGCUGACGGAAGUGCUGAAACUAGUGAUAUCAGCCGGUCUUUACUGCCGCGAAAACAGCUUCGUAUCGCUUAUCGCACGAAUUGUGGAGGGCAGUAGUGUGUUGCUUUUGUACUUUGUUCCUGCUUUUCUCUACUGUCUGUACAAUAAUUUAGCGUUCGUUAAUCUCUCGACUUUCGACCCAACGACGUACUACUUACUGUUGCAGUUGCGCGUCGUAAUCACGGGCGUAUUGUUUCAGAUCAUAUUUAAGAAAUAUCUCAGCAGAAAGCAAUGGUUUUCUCUACUGCUUUUGACGGUCGGUUGCAUGCUGAAACAAUGGAACUUUUCAAGUCUGUUUUUGGCAAACCCACACGAAACACCACAAACCGAGGGUGCCAACAAUGCAGCAGUGAAGUCGCAGCCUAUGCCAGAUACGCCGUUAGAAACCGGUGUAGAUGGGACAUUCCGUGGUAAAAACAUCUCCGGGUUUGACUUGAGCUUCAGCGCCGUAUUCAUCCUGGUGCAGACAGUUUGUUCUUGCUUGGCGGGAGUGUACAACGAGUACCUGCUGAAGCGGAAAGGAUCGGACAUUAAUAUCUAUGUACAAAAUGUGUUCAUGUAUCUCGAUUCCAUCGUCUGCAACCUGCUUCUGUUGCUGCUGCAAGGCGAACUAGUGAGUGUUUUUACCGGUGACCAUUUACGAGAGGUGGCACGGUUCGAGGUGCUGAUUAUUAUGCUGAAUAAUGCUGCCAUCGGUAUCAUAACCAGCUUCUUUCUCAAGUACAUGAACUCGAUUCUGAAAACGUUUGCCAGUGCGCUCGAGCUGAUGUUUACUGCUGUUCUGUGCUACUUGCUGUUUGCAAUACCGAUCUAUGUGAACACAAUGCUCGCGAUCGCCGUUGUAUCGUACGCAAUCUAUCUGUACUCUCUAAAUCCAGUGGUGAAUCUGGCCACCAGCAAUAGCACUGGGGGUACUAGGUCCUCGUUGAAUGCGGACGAUCGGAAGACAUUGCUCAAAAGCGGUAGUAAACGAAACCGAUCAGGUGAUGUGAACUUAAGCGAUACGGAAGACGAAAACGAUCAUCGGAUGAGCGAAGUGUGAUGUGAACCUCACCGAUAGUUACAACAGGUGUAUUCAAGCAUACUUUUUAUACACGCACGACUCUCAGAAGCGUGUGGCAUAUUUAUUGUCCUUCAAAAGUGCGAUGAAGAUUUGUGGUAGACACCCGCAAAGCGAUUACGAACAAAGAUGCGAUCAUAGCACUUCAGAAGUGUAGAGUAACGUACGAGAAGAAACUUGUAUUACUCAACAAAUUUCGUGUAUUACCAUUAUUUUCACCAGUGAUGAAGCAUUCUAUUUUAAGUGGUAUACAUAUGCUACUGUUACUGCUUAUAAUAACCAGCACCUACCGGUGUUUAGAGCAGUGGAUGAAUUUUCUAGACUAUUUCAAUAUAUUUUGUACAGACUAUUUUCAAAUCAAUGUUUUCAAACAUACAGUAGUAUGUACAUUAGGCUACAUUUUCAUUUGGAUAUGAUCCAUUUUCUAGAAAAGUGUGUCCCACAGACGGUAAAUCCCUGAGGAUACUUA